CGCAUGUGAGGGUUCACUUGUCCAGUUGUUAUGGUGGUGAGCGUCGGCCUGGACCCUCGUCCUUCUUCACCCAACACCCGCGCCAGCUUUGGGGCUGCUCCCUGAGGCGUGCCAGGCAAGAUGUUGAUGCCCAAGGGUAAUAGAGUGGCCAUCUAUGAGCACCUUUUCAAGGAGGGUGUGAUGGUGGCCGAGCGUGACCUGUUCAUGCCCAAACAUCCAGAGCUAGAAAAAAUACCAAACCUACACGUUAUAAAGGCUCUUCAGAGCUUGAAAUCCCGAGGUUAUGUAGAGCAGAACUUUGCAUGGCGCCAUUACUACUGGAGGCUUACCAAUGAGGGGAUACAAUACCUACGUGACUAUCUGCACCUUCCUGCUGAAAUUGUACCAGCAACUCUAAAGAAGCCCACUCGUCCUGAAGGACGACCAAGACCUAUGCAGUCACGUUCUGAAGGGCCUCGCGGAGAAGGCUCCCGGGAUGCUUAUCGUCGCGCUCCUUCUGGUGUGGACAAGACUGGUGAUGCAGGUGCAGGCUCAUCUUCCAUGGAAUUCCGUGGUGGCUUUGGUCGCGGUUCAAAGAGGCCUCAGUAAAGUGCGAACAAGAAAAAAUGUGCUAGUUUCCUUGCCCUUCAAUUAUUAGUUUCUAAAUAUUUUUUAAUUAAAUUUGUUGUGUUAGAGAAGUUAGUUGGGUUGCCAGGCAUUAUUUUAGAAUAAUUAUACAGUACUAUAGUUGCCAAGGUGUUUAUUUAAAGGUACAAUAACUUUAAAGCAUCAAUCCAUAUUUAAAGUUGCCUACUGGGGCAUGCUGGAUGGUUUUCUGUUGGGCCAGAUUCCAUCACUAGCCAUUCUAGACACCACAUGGAAGUACCUUCCCGAGAAUGUGGAGUGACAUUUCUUUGUGCGGAAUGUAAAAUGAGCAAGAUGACUAAUUUGUUAUAUAUUGAAGGGAGAGCUUGAUCUGUUUUGCAGAUGUUAAUGAUAAAGCAAUGAAGCUGGAAGCAAGCAAUCUGCCUAAAUUAAAAUGUAUUCUGGGGAAGAGAGAUCUUUGUUUCAUACAAAAAUUAAUAUAACUGUGCUAAUAAUAACUAAUAUAACAAAAUAAUAUAACCUGUGAUAAUAUAAGUGGUAAACAACACCUUGGCAUUUUCAUUAGUUAAAUUGGUCUAGGAAAGUUAAUGUGCAAUUUGUUUAAGCAGUGUAAUGACUGGUAUUGAGUGUACAGGUGAUUAUCAAAGGUAAGAUUACUUUUUCUUUAUUGAAAGGUAAGAAUAUGUGUAUAAAGGAAUUACUUCCAUAAUUGGAGUAUGUAAGAUUUGAUGUUUGCAGAAGAUUGUUCUUGAAGCUGUGAAAAAGUUUUGUUUGAGACUGGCUGAAAGUACCUAGUUACAUUGUGAUAGACCAUCAGUGAAUAUUUUAUUGAAGAGAAGGUUGCUCCUUGCUUGACUUGCUGCCUUCUGUUAAAUGCUGAAUAUUAAGGAUCCCAUCAGUUAACUGUCGUAAAGCACUCCUUGGUGAAUUUUUUUUCUGCCAUAAGAUUGUCACGAGCAAUAUAAUAAAAGUACAAUACCUUAGUUCAACUUGUCUAGUACAGGAUACCCAUACUGCCUUAGUCCAUGAUAGCAACAUAAAAUUUAUUUUGUCACUUAUUUUCCAGAAAUGAAGAUUUGCCUCCUAACCCCCCUCACUGGUUCGCCAGUGCUGUUCACAUUGAUGCAGAUCACGAAGAAGGAAGAUUAAAAAAAUUAUGAAAGAUUAUAUCUUCAAUUUUCACAAUAAGAUUCAUUGGGGAAAAUCUACCAAACUAGCAAAUGUCCAAUGAGGAAACUUGUUGAAAGGUCUCGCUGAAGGACUGUUCUUAUUGUUGCAGAUUGUCAGCAUAAGGAAAGAUUUGGCUCCUAACAUGGAAAUGUGAUGCCUUCUUGAUGGGGUUCUGAGAGUAGUUGUACUCCAGAAGCCCGGUCCGAGGCCAGGCUUGACACGAGAUGUUCAUGAGUGCUUGCCAUGUUGGUACAGACAGGCAUCAGACAAGAUUCAAAGUUAGAAUUAUAGAGGUCUAAGAGUUGCUAUGCUGUCUGUGAUGCCACUGCAGUCCUGGAUAUAUUAAAAAGAAAUAUUGGCAAUUGGAUAAAACAUCAGAGCACCUACACUACAGUAUCUGCUCCCACAUUUAAGUUGGAGACUGAACUACUACUGUUGACAGUUGACUCCCCAUAAGUCUUGUAAUCAGGAGGGACGAUAUUCUUCAAUGCCUUAGAAAUCCGCAGUUAAUGAUUAUUCUACCAUUGACACCAUUUAAUCGGGUAAUGAAGGAUGAUGCAUGUCAGCUGAAGCAGUAAAUGACUGCUGGACCAUCAGCUGGACACCUGGUUGUUACUGUUACACCUGAUUGAGAUGUUGUGGAUUGUGACUGUUGAUGGCUGGUUGUUACUUAAGCGUCAGAUUGGUCCUGAUAUUUGGCACCUGACUUGGCAGCUUUAUUCAAAUGAAGGCUUUUUGACAGGAUUAAUAAAGAGGAAGGAAGAUUUAGCUCCUUACAAAUUGGAAGGGUUCAGCAAAUUCAAUUUUGACAAUGAUUGAAUUGAGGAAAAAUCCACGAAACUAGCAAACGUCUAAUGGGAAACGUGUUGAUCUCGCUGAAGGACAGUCCUUGCUGUUGCAGAUUAUCAUAAU